UAUAGUAUUUCCAUUCUCACACAGACUCGAUUUGCCUCUUUGUUUAUCGUCUCUCUUCUCCACAAGCUUUUCCCUUUUCUCUCUUGCAUGUGAUAAAGCUGCUUCAUUCUGCUGCCGCUUCCCCUUUCACAUUUUCCCUUUUCUGCAGAUCUAAUUUCAAAGCUAAUCGAAACCGUAGGGAAUUGAUCUGGGAUAAGCUUGUUUGGUGUUUGCGGAAUCUAGAGAGUCUCAGCAAGGGGUUUCAUGUUCCGUUAUAGCUAAGUUUUGUUGAAGUAAUUCGGUUUUGGUGGAAUUUGAAUACCCCGUGAUUUUAAAUGCAGAGGAAAAACAACUUGGAUUGUGAUUUUAUGGGUUUCCUGCUAUAAAGUUCUUGCUUUGACCGGGAAAAGUAUCAUUACUUGUUGAUUUUUGGGUUUCUGUUGAUAAGGUUCUUGAAUUUGGAGUAUAUAUAUGUGUGGGAUGUUGGGUUUGUUCCUGUGCUGUUAAACAUUUGAAGAUCAUUAAUUUGAAGGGUUGGGGUUUUUUCUGUUUGGAUUUGGAGGGCUUGUAUGGAUAAGGAUAAGUCUUCUUCAAGCCAUGUAGGAGGUUCGUUGCCUCCAUCAGGGAGAUACUCAUUAUUUUCACCUCCUGGUAGUAGUUCCAAUGUAAAGUCAGAACAACCUGGAUUAGCAAAUUUACCUCCCUUAGGACCUGGAAAUGCUUCAGAAUCAGGUCAUUUUGGUCAUGGUUUGUCGGCAGAUUCAAGCCUGUUUAGUCUUGAUAUAAGCCGAAUGUCUGAUAACCCACCGAGAAAAUUUGGUCAUCGACGUGCCCACUCAGAAAUUCUUACUCUUCCUGAUGAUAUUAGCUUUGAUAGUGAUCUUGGUGUUGUUGGACUAGAUGGACCGUCUCUGUCAGAUGAGACUGAGGAGGACAUCUUAUCAAUGUACCUUGACAUGGAUAAGUUCAAUUCUUCAACUCUGUCUUCUGAAUUCCAAGUGGGUGAGUCCUCUUCAGCAGCUCCAGGUUCAUCACAAACACCAGCAAUGGCUUCAGGAACAAAUAAAUUUGCUCCUACUGUUAGUGAGAAGCCAAGAGUUAGACAUCAGCAUAGCCAGUCCAUGGAUGGUUCAACUACAAUCAAGCCAGAGAUGCUCAUGUCAGGAGUGGAAGAUCCAUCUUCAGCUGAAACUAAGAAAGCCACGUCUGCUGCAAAGCUUGCUGAACUUGCUCUUAUUGAUCCUAAACGUGCCAAGCGGAUUUGGGCCAACAGGCAGUCAGCUGCAAGAUCAAAGGAAAGGAAAAUGAGAUAUAUAGCAGAGCUUGAGAGAAAAGUUCAGACUCUGCAAACGGAAGCAACUACUUUAUCUACUCAGUUGACCCUAUUGCAGAGAGAUACAAAUGGCCUGAAUGCUGAAAACAGUGAACUUAAACUGCGUUUACAAACAAUGGAACAACAGGUGCACUUGCAAGAUGCGUUGAAUGAUGCUUUAAAGGAGGAGAUACAGCAUCUGAAAGUGCUAACUGGGCAAGGCAUAGCAAAUGGUGGACCUAUGAUGAACUUCCCAGCAUCCUUUGGAGGCAAUCAGCAGUUCUACUCUAACAACCAGGCAAUGCAUACAUUGUUGGCUGCACAACAACUUCAACAGCUCCAGCUACAUUCUCAUAAGCAACAACACCAGUUUCAGCAACAUCAGCUCCACCAGUUUCAGCAGCAACAGCUGCAGCACCAACAACCUCUUAUGCAGCAGCAGCAGCAGGAUCAACUGUCACAAGCCGGAGAUGUGAUGUCAAGAGGUUCACUGUCAUCUCCUCAAAAUGACAACGCUUCUGAUGUUAGUUCUGUAGCAAAGGAUUGAAAAGCUGAUGGCCAGAGAGACAAGAGUUGGUGUAUGUUUUAAAAAUCAUCAUGUGUUUUCCCAUCUAGCUCACUUUUGUGUUUCAAAAUCAUCAUGUGUUAAAACAACAUCUAGCUCAGGUUCUUGCUUUCAAUUAGCUCCUUCAUCUGCAUUUUAGUACUCUGUAGGGUCAUUUGACUUUUAGUUGAAAUUGUUCAAAUCCCAUUCUAUGCAUGUCAUUUUGUCAACUAUCAACAUGAAUUGCUUCAUGUUACCAAUAUUGUUGGUGGUAGUUUUUUUGGACAUCAA